AUGGCUUCCGUGAGAAACGAUUUUGUUAAGGAAAUCAAUCCCUCAAAGGAAUCAUGGGACAUUGUUGUUGGGGUGACAAAAUUUAAGCUUCAGUUAGAAAAGCUCUGUUGUCUCGAUUUGAAAAUAAGAUACAAUGGCACAGUGGUUACAGAUGUUGGAACUGGACAGAUAACAAUGUCCCCUUACUCAAUUAUAUAUUUCCCAGAGAUUGUUGGGAAAAUAGACAUGGACUACUUGAUUGAUGUUGUGGGAAUUCUAGCCGGGGUUGGACGUGAAAGAGUCUAUGAGAGGAAUCGUGUAACUACUAAGUAUAAAGUUAUUGAGUUAGAGUCCAAUAGUAUGAAGCUUGAAUCCACACUUUUUGGGCUAUUGUUCAACCCAAAUAUUUCUAAGGCAAAUAGUUUCAAACUCAAUGAUAACAUUGGAUCACCCACUCAACCAUUUAGUUAUAUGAAGGAUUCUUCUGAUUUGAGCUUAAAAGAAGAGUUCUUAAAUCUGUGUCAAUGCAAAACAAUUGAGGAACUAAAAGAAUCUCAAAAUGACAUGGUUUGUAUGGUUUUAGGCACAAUCAAACAUGUUAUUGGUGGCAAUGAUUGGUGGUAUGUUACAUGCGUCUGUGGCAAGGGAGUUGUUGCAGAUUCCAAAAGGUUUUUCUGCCCUAAAUGUAAUAAGCAUGUUUGGUCCAUUGUGCCUAGGUACCGUGUCAAACUUAGAGUGGUUGAUGAAACUGACUCUGCUACUUCUGUGCUUUUUAUCGUGAUUGUUGUUUGCUGA